GCUAGCUUACAGGGGCACCGCAGCUCCGGUAGGACAGCGAUGGGACUUAGGCGAUAUGUAUCUCAAAAAAAUCAAACGGAAGGCUGGACUGAGCCGCUAGUGAUGGAUACGCAAUAGUUCCAGUGUUAUAUGCUGCUUUAAUGAGUCUCUGGACACCGCUUAUCAAGCUGAGGACAUAAAGCGUAACUUAGCAGGCUUGUUCUUCACGGGGGAGGAAGUUUGUUGCGGCGAAGGGAACAUAAUAGGAAACCGGGGAGGGACAAAAUAUCUCGACAUGGAGGACUUCGGGUCGGCCCUGGAGAAAAAUGUGGCUGACCUCACGGUGAUGGACGUGUAUGACAUCGCCGCAGUGGUGGGGCAGGAGUUUGAGCGGAUCAUAGACCAGUAUGGCUGCGAGGCUCUGUCUAGGCUCAUGCCCAAAGUGGUGCGGGUCCUGGAGAUCCUGGAGGUGAUGGUGAGCCGCAGCAGCAUCAGCCCGGAGACCGAAGAGCUGAGGCUGGAGCUGGACAAGCUGCGUCUGGAGCGCAUAGACCGGCUGGAGAAGGAGAAGAGGCACAGAAAGGAGUUGGAGCUGGUGGAGGAUGUGUGGAGGGGAGAGGCUCAGGAUUUGCUCUCCCAGAUUGCUCAGCUGCAGGAAGAGAACAAAACCCUUCUCACCAAUAUGUCCAUGAAAGACCCCAUGAGCGAGGAGGAGCUGCAGAGGCAUGAGGGUAUGUCAGAAAGGGAGAGGCAGGUGAUGAAGAAGCUCAAAGAAGUGGUGGACAAGCAGAGAGAUGAGAUUCGAGCCAAGGACCGUGAACUGACUCUAAAAAACGAGGACAUAGAAGCACUCCAGCAGCAACAGUCUCGACUUAUGAAAAUCAACCAUGACCUGCGCCAUAAAAUCUCUGUGGUAGAAGCUCAAGGGAAAGCUCUCAUUGAACAGAAGGUUGAGCUGGAGGCCAGUGCUCAGGCUCGGGGACAGGAAGUUGCUGCUCUUCGACAGGAAGCAGCACGCUUAAGGGAACGGCUUCAAGGAGAGCUGCCUGCUCAGAACCCGGACGAGCCCCCACCUCAGCCUCCUUCACCUGCAGAGGAGGCGCUGUGUGAGGAGGAGUCAGGGGGGCUGGAUCCAAAGGACCCCAACAGGCCCAGAUUCACCCUGCAGGAGCUGAGGGAUGUCCUGCAUGAGCGGAAUGAGCUAAAGGCCAAAGUGUUCCUGCUGCAGGAGGAGCUGGCCUACUAUAAAAGUGAUGAGGCAGAUGAGGAGAUUGUAACUCCAUCUUCUUCUCCCUCCCCUGAACUGAGGACUCGCUCCCGCUCUUCUGCCCAGCCAGAAUCGGGAAUCAAACGCCUGUUUAGUUUCUUCUCACGUGACAAGCAGCGGAGCUCGCAGCGCAGUGCACAUUUCGACGUCGGCUUCGGCUCGUGGGCAGGCAAAGACGACGUGUACACCGAACAAGCCCAGGAGGCGUUGCAGCACAUGUAGUCACCGUAUGGGACUUAAAACUCUUAACACUCCCAUCACUCAACUGAACACCAAACCAACACUAGCAACUCACACUGCAGCUGAAAUGCCAUGUACAUGAGGUGAGAAGAUGGCAAGAAACAAGAAGAAUCUAAUGUCCUUGGAAAAAAUACUGCGUAUACUUCAAAUUCUGCCAUUUAAAAAAAAAAAAAAAUCCCUGAAAGUGUUUUACAGGAUUUACGUGCAGGGAGAGAGAGGGUAAACUCAGGUUGAACUGUGGAAAGUGGAAUGUUUUGGCAGGUGGUAAAUGAUAAGGAGCUGAAGGUCUGGAGUAAACAAGGGGGAAAAUGACUGCACACCUGAGUGUCACUAGUUUUUUAAUGAGAGCAACAUUUUAAUAUCCCAUUUAGUUAUUUCAAAUUUCUGUCAAGUGGGCAGCUAAUCAGUCCAUCACCAGCGUUUUGCAAGUUGAGUCUAUGCAGCUCUAUGAAAUCUAAUUGAGGCCUCUGUUUAAAUGUUGCAUGCAGUCACAAUUUAAAGCUGUGUGAAGGUGUGAAGAUAAUUUGUUCUCAUAUUUGUUUGUAUUUCAAAAGAAUGAAUACAUAAACACUUGGGUAUGAGAAUUUAAAGUACUCGUGUAAAGUGAAAGUUAGAUUUUGGGUAUCAUAAUCCCAAUUUGUCUUUGCAUUUUUACCCAUUCAUCAUAGUUUUUACUAUCCUAUUACAGGAUGGUUUAAGCAUUUUAGCAUUUCAUGACGUCUCCUAUAAUGUUGGCUACAUGUUGUAUGUAGCCAAAAUAAGCAUCAUCGCGGCUUUAAUGUUGAAUUAGUGAGUCAUUAAUUCACAUAUUUGUACUUUUUAAGUCAGUGUUUGCAAUAUUCCAUAAUUUCAUGGUAAUAUAAAAGCUUUGGCAUGGUGAAUUAGUUCAUUAUAAAACUUUUCCAGUUUAUUUAAGUCAACUACUACUGAUGAAUUAUUUUACAUUUUUUACUCACUCAUCAUGUUUUAGUAUAAAUUUAACACCUGACUUAAUAAUUUCUUGUUUUUACGAUCUGAAAACCGUAAAUGAAUUUUCUUUUAGUCAAUCUAAUUCUAAUUUAUUAACUUAAUAAUGAUGUAUUGUCUCAUAAUUUCGACAUAGUAAGCUCUUCACUCACUGUAGUUUUGACUUAGUAUCUCUUUAUUUUGUUCGAGAAAUUUGAAUAUAUUUAUGUUUGUGAUGCUUCUUUUUUCUUUUUAUGUAUCCCUUUUCUCUAACAAUUAACACAGAUUUCUGUUUUGUGAAAGAGAGAAUAGAUGUGCCAUGGGAAUUCCCCUAAUAUUUUACACUAUCUAAACAAAGCCUUACAUACAAACUUAAAUUUGUCAUAAAGUCUGAUUUCACACUUUCAGUGACAAACGUGACGCUCCACAUUGUGCUCAUGCAAACCUGCAGUUUUGUAACACCAGCCAAACCAUAGUAGGCAAUAAUAAAUUACAUCUAUAUGAUUCUGUUUAAUUUCUAUAAUCAAACAUAGACCCUAAGAGACAGUGUAAUAUUGUAUAGAAUCACUUAUAACAAAAACAUACAGCAUCACAAGCUUUCAAUUCAAAUAAAAGCAAAAUAAAUGAAAAUGUAUUUUAAUUAAUACAUAUAUUGUGCCAUCAAUAAGAGCCUAAAUCUUACAUUACAUUUGCACUUUUUCCCUAGAUAAAAUAUUCAUAUUCAGCAUAAGCAACAAUAAUAACCCCAAAUAUCAUCACACAUGUGCAAAAUAGAAGUCAGUGCGUUUGUGUUUAUAUGCAUCAUUUAUACAAGGCCUCAAAUUUAAACAUGAAUCAAGGCUCUGUUUAGAAACAGUGUAAGUCAUGAAGGAUUAAUUAUUUCUCAAAUUGUGCAUGGUUUAAAAUAAUGGUAAUUAAGCUGAAGAGUGUGUUUACAUUUAUUUUUUAAAAAGGCUAUUUUGCGGAUGGUGCUUGUGCUUUAACAGCUGAUGCCUUCAUGGAAACGUUAACAGUAGUGGCACUUUAUCUUCAUUUAUACUCACCCAGGAAGGUGGAAUAAAUGAAUGGCAAAUGAAAAGAUUGAGAAAUGAGGCUAAAGACGUGUGUCAAAGCAGCUUUCCCCCUUUUAUGAAAUCACAGAUAUGUUAAAGAGAAACUAUAUUUUACAUGUUAUUUGGAAGUCAAAGGGAUCUGCUCAAUUUAUUCAUGAAGGAAUUAAACAGUGAAAUAUUUUAAGGGAAAUGAACUCCUACCCGAGUGCUCACUCCAAUCUUCAUUUUUUUCCUUUGUUGAGUCUCCUAUGAAGCCCAUUAAAGUGGAGAUUUAAGAGAUAUAUUGAAUGGAUCAGUGCUUUAUGAAAUUCAACACAUCACAUCAGUAAUAAAAAUCUGUAAUAUUUGA